UUUCGGAGGCCAAAGAAGAAAAAAGUCUGUGAUCAUUUAAUUUUCAUUCAUCUACCAGUGGCACAACAAGCUUAAGUUCGAUCCCUAUAUAACAGAGAGUGAGAGCGAUGGAGGUAGGAGAUUGCAGUCUAUGGCAUCACUUAAUCUUUUGUGAAAAGCUAGAAAGUGAUGGAAACAACAAAGGUGUUUGCUGGCUGUGCGAAGAAUCAGUAUUGGGAUGCCCCUCCUACAAAUGCUUGGAAUGCAACUUCCACCAACAUGAAUCAUGCACGGAGUCGACACACACGAGAGAGAUGAAGGUCGUACAUGGUUUGUGGGAGAGACAUCACUUGAUAUUUAUAGAAGAGCUGGACAAAAAAAUUGUUUGCCUGGGAUGCGAGGAACCAGUAUUUGGUCCCAACUACAAAUGCUCCAUACCCGAAUGCACAUUCCUCCUUCACAAAUCGUGUUCCGAUGUAUCCCACGUGAUACAGCACCCCAUGCACCCAGAUCACGCCCUUUUUCUCCGAGUGCCAUCACGGAAUAAUAAUUGCGAUGUGUGCCGCCACUAUUGUGAGAGAUCCUUCUUCUACCGUUGCUCCCCUUGCGAUUUUGACAUCGACAUCAAAUGUGUUUCUCGUUGGCGAAUUAGUGCUGAGGACUGCCAUCAACACGCACUCUUUCCCACGCGGAAGCAGAUCCAGUUCACUUGUGAAGCCUGUGCUGAGGAAAGCAAGGGUUUUGCAUACAAAUGCAGCGUUUGCCGAGUCUUUAUUCAUAGGAAGUGUGCUCCAUUUCAACACACAAUCAAAACUACAACACAUGAUCACUCCCUUACUCGCACCUAUUCUCUUAGUCAAGUAAAGCAACAAGACAACGUAUUCUGCAGACUCUGUCGUAAAAAGGUGAAUACAGAGUAUGCAGUUUAUUAUUGUUGUAAAUGUGAUUACAUUGCUCACUUGAAUUGUGCAUAUCGGGUCGAAGACUCCAGUUCGACGAUUGAGUCGAUGGCUAAUAAUUCUGUUGACUCUGCAACUGGUUUGAUUCGUUUGGUAGAGGGGAUCAAUCUAGAAGAGGAUGAAAGACCUGGCCCCCGGGAGAUCAGACAUUUCAAUCAUCCACAACAUAACUUAAUCCUCAUUGAUGAAAAGCUCAUGGAGGACAAACGAUGUGAGGCAUGUAUGCAAUUUAUAAUCUUUGUCCCGUUUUAUGGUUGUGUGCAAUGCAACUACUUUCUUCAUAAUAGAUGUGCUAAAGUACUACCCUCAACGAUUAAGCGAGGGCUAUUUCACGAACAUCGACUCACCCUCAUCUCAAAAGAUCCAAACGUGAAUGCAUAUCGACAAUUGUUCGUCUGUGAUGCUUGUGAAUAUAUCCGCCAAGGCUUCAGCUACAAAUGUGAAGAGUGUGGUUAUUGGAACUAUGACAUUCAAUGUUGUUUAAUACCGGAAAUCCUUAAACAUGAGGGUCACCAACACUUCCUCUUUUUUGCUUUGAGGGAUUCUUAUGAAUCUUGCAAUGGUUGUGGUGAAAAACGUUUGGGCUUCGUGUGCACAAAGUGCGACAAGUUCGCCUUGUGUAUUAGAUGUGCAAUUCUUCCGCUUGUAGCCAGACAUCAACAUGAUACACAUCUCUUGAAACUUUCUUAUACACGUGAAGAUGAUUCCAGAGAAUAUUAUUGUCUAAUUUGUGAAAAAGAAAGAAAUCAUCCUGAUCACUGGUUUUAUUACUGUGUAAAAUGUGACUUUUCUGCUCAUCGUCAAUGCGUUCUUGGGGAGAAUCCGUACAUUACUUAG